GCGCAUCAUCGCAUCAAUCAUGGAUGAAUGAUGGUGAAGACAACUGGCAGCCGCCCACCGAAGCUGAGAUGAAAGUGAUUCGUGCGCGACAGGAUCGCAGUUCCAAGAUCAGCAAGCUGAUGUCAGAGUACCUACUGAAGGGUUACAAGAUGCUAGGAACAUCUUGCCAAGUCUGCAAUGACCAUACUAUAUUACUAAGAGACAAGAAAGACAAUGACUAUUGCAUCACAUGCAGUGAGCUUGAUGAGGAAAAUAUCAAAGAUAAUCCAGCAUUCAACUACACGGCAGCUAGGACCCAAGUAAGAGAAGCAGAGGGGCAACCGCAAGCUGUUGCAAGUGUAAUCAAGGAGCAGGAAGUGCAUCUCGUCCCAGACCUGGGGGCGACUGCUCUUCUCCCCACCUCCUCAACUCUCAACUCGCCACCAAUGCAAAGAGUCUUUCUACCAAGUGAUGCAGACACGGCAUUACCGAAGCAAGUGACAGUAUGUGAAACGGAAGGGCUGGCCUCGCCAUGGGGGGCCCUGCAGGACAAGCUGCAGUGGGCAACGAUAGAACUCGCUCGUAGUCAUAGUGUUGAGUACAGCACCCAGUUGUGUGGACUGGUCAAAGCAUGCGCAGAUGCCAUGUUAGCCCUGCAGCAACUCAGAGCUGGUAUGAGGUGAUCCGCAGCCAUAUUGUGCUAGCAAAGCGAUUGAGGUUACUCUCCACCUUUUACACGGGUAUUGCUCUAGUGAAGAUUAAACGUUUAUUGGCGAAUGAA